AUGUUCGCCUCGGUGGGCCCUCGGGGCGGCCCGCGCCCACCCGUAGCCCCGGCUAUCCCGGAGCCGGACCUGAGCCAUCUGACGGAGGAUGAGAGGAAGAUCAUCAUGGCUGUACUGGCUCGGCAGCGGGAGGAAGAGGCGAAGGAGGAGGCCAUGUUAAAAGAAGAGCAGCCUAUCAAAGCAAGAACGGUGAACCUGGUUGGGCAGAAGAAACCGCAGCAGCAAAAUGACGUCCGAGGUAUCCAGCAGCAGUUGUCCAGCUACAGGGAGACGGUGAUCCGGCAGGCCACGGUGGCGGCGGGCUCGGCUGUUCACCGGGACGACGCGCCAACCUGCGGCAUCUGCCACAAGACCAAAUUCGCAGAUGGCUGCGGGAACCUGUGCUCGUACUGCCAGACCAAGUUCUGCGCCCGCUGUGGGGGGCGAGUGUCGCUGCGCUCCAACACGCUGACAGCAUCACAGAUACCGUUCUCCGGGAACACCUUCAGCACACCGCGGGUCUCCUUGUAA